CAGCCGUUAGUCAGAGCGGAGCGAGGCGAGCAGAGCUCCGGUACAGAGAGGUUUGAAAACACGACGCAGAUAAGUCAGUGAUAACUGACUGCUGGAGGACCGUAGAGGGACUACUGUUGAUUUCUUCUUCGUGUUUAUUGGAUAUCCGGUUUUUGUCGCUGUCAACAUGGCUGUCACUGAGGCUGGAUGUGAUCUUACUUACUGCAAAAUGAGGGGGAUUGUCGCUGUUCUUACUGCUUUCAUCAAGGAGAGAAAAAUGGGGCUGAAUGACUUCAUCCAGAAGCUGGUGUCAACCCCACAUAUCUGCCAACAUGUUGAAGUGAACAACUUCCUGAAGAUUGAUGAAAAUCAAAAUGAGGAGGUAGAGAAUGACCAACUUCCUGAAAGUCCGAUGUGCCUACAUUCCAGAAGCUCACUAGCUGAGGACACACAGAUCAAACCUAGUGAUUUUGACUACCUCAAGAUCAUCGGCAAAGGCAGUUUUGGCAAGGUUCUGCUUGCUCGACACAAGGAGUCCACCAAAUACUACGCUGUCAAGGUGCUGCAGAAGAAAAUCAUUAUGAAGAAGAAAGAGCAAAAGCAUAUCAUGGCAGAGCGCAGCGUGCUGAUGAAGAACAUCAAGCAUCCCUUCCUGGUAGGGCUGCACUACUCCUUCCAGACUACCGACAAACUCUACUUUGUACUCGAUUAUGUCAAUGGUGGAGAGCUGUUCUACCACCUCCAGAGAGAGAGGAUCUUCCUGGAGCCCAGAGCCAGGUUUUAUGCUGCUGAAAUUGCCAGUGCGCUGGGAUACCUCCACUCCCUGCACAUUGUGUACAGGGAUCUAAAGCCUGAGAACAUCCUGUUAGACUCACAAGGCCACAUCGUUCUCACAGACUUCGGCCUCUGCAAAGAAGGCCUUGAGGCUAAUGGUACUACAACCACUUUCUGCGGAACACCUGAGUAUUUGGCACCAGAGGUUCUCCAGAAGCAGGCGUAUGACCGCACAGUGGACUGGUGGUGUCUGGGAUCAGUGCUCUACGAGAUGCUCUAUGGCCUUCCUCCGUUCUACAGCCGCAACACGGCCGAGAUGUACAACAACAUCCUGCACAAGGCUCCAGUGCUCAAGCCUAACGUGUCAAACGCAGGGAGAGAGCUGCUGGAGGGGCUCCUGCAGAAGGACCGCACCAACAGGCUGGGAUCAAAGGAUGACUUUCUUGAGCUCAAGUACCAUUCGUUCUUUUCUCCAAUCAACUGGGAGGACCUGAUGGCCAAAAAGAUCACGCCUCCAUUCGUUCCUUCAGUGACUGGCCCCACAGACCUGCGACACUUCGACCCCGAGUUCACCCACCUCCCCGUCACCUCGUCCCUGUGCACCGACACCCUGACUGUGACAAGCAGCAUCAAGGAAGCAGCCGGGGCUUUUCCAGGCUUCUCUUACGGGCCUCCUGCAGAACACUCCUUCAUGUGAAAACGAAGGCAACCAUCUGCACUGGGAACUCACAGAAAAAAAACAGGAUGAAAACUCUGGAUCUAGACUCUUAAUUUGACUGAGGGACCACACCAGAGCAGCCUGUUUGAGGAUCUACUGGACAUGAACACUUUGGGGGUGGAUCUUGUGCAUGAAAACCGUGAAGAUAACAGCGAUCCCACUCUUCUGCCUCAUCCACUCAGAACUAUUAAACAUGUGUGCCAAGUCUAGAUGCACUCUGGGAUCAUUAAGCAUCCCGCUCUGUUCUCUAAGGAACGCACAGCUACAGGUUAAGAGAAGUGCCUGAGGUUCAAAAGGCAGUUUGGACGGCAGUUUAUCAGAAAACACAACAUCAUUUGAACCGCUUGGACUUUUGACCAGAGCGCUAGCCGUUAAGGGUGAUGCCUUCAAUACAUGUCAUGUUUUCGUUUUUGUUUUAAACUCAUAACGCAUUUUUAUUUUCAUGUGAAUGCUCAUUUGCACGAGAGGAAACAAAGGUUGGGAAAAGUGCGGCGUUCUUCUGUAAAGAUCAGUGACUUUGGAUCAGAAAGCUGCAUAUCUUUCCUCAUUUUAUCUUGAUAUCUUUUCAUAGGACACAUAGAUAAUGGCAUUUAGUUACAGUAAACUAAUAGAAACUUUUGGACCAAAUAGCUAACAGUGGAUGCUUUUUCUCAACCAGUUUGUCCUUGUUACUUAAGAUCAAAAUUUUACUGUACUGUAUAGAAGAAGUUACAUAUUUUACUGCAGAACUAAAAGGUUUUCAUGUUUUCAUGACCACAAAUAUGCUCUAGGCAGUUCUAUCAUAUCAUACUUUUCCUUAUAUAGAUAUUUGAACAUAAAAGAUUUAGUUUGAAUGAUAUAUCCUGUAUGGUAAUACAUUUUAUCCAUUCCUUUCCACAUGCAACCACAUACUGUGUUAGUCUAAAUUUAAUGAAUGGCUUCCUUUUGAUCUGGAGGUUUUCAACCAGCAAUAACAGGCCCACAUCAGUGAUAGCAAAUACUGUAUAUCAGUUGUCUUCAAAUUCAGGUGAUUGCUGUUUUCUUGCAAACACUGCAGUCAAACUCUAAAAACUAUAAGAUGACAUUAUUUUAUAUUUAUGCAUCAUGUAGAGAUGAACUGUGAAUGUCUUGUGCCUGUCCAAGGCGGCCUGAUCCAUAUAUACUCGAUGUACAUAUCUCUUUUCCCAGAACCUUUUGGUCCCUUUUCUAGAAAAUAAUCAAUCUGUGUUUUAAAAAAAAGUGCUUCAUUAACUUGAUGAGGAACCACUAGAUGGAGUAGUUGCUGUGUCAAGCCACUGCCCUACUGCAUAAUCUGGUUCUGGAAAGUGCAAUAAGUUGUCAUUAACUUUGAAGGAGUUAUAAUCAUGUGUAAAUUGUGAUUUGAGCAGAUAGUCAUUAUUUAUUAAGGAGAAUCUUCACUCAGAGUCUAUCCCUGACUCUGUUUAACCCCAUUCAGUCUUCAUAUGUAAUACAGAGAGUGCAUUUUCAAGCCUGCUGAAAACUUUAAAAAGGCAACACACAGUUAAUAAUUUUCUUCCAUAUUUGGAAGCAUGACUUUUUUUGUUUUGUACUUUUUAAUGCAUAUUUAUUUUCAUGCCACUGCUACUGUAUAAAGAAAAUACUUUACAUGAUCAACUGAAAUAUUUAACUGUAAUCUGUGUCAGAAAUGGCAAAUAAAAUCUCUGAAUUAAA